UAAUAUUUACUGUUUACUAUUUAACGGUCAUAUCGAAUCGAAUACUCUAACUUGUUGUGUUCGUUUUACUUUUUUCGUUUACAAACAAUACAAACGCGCAAUUAAUACUAAUGAACAGUUAAUAAUUACCUACUUGUUAUUCAACAUUCGCAUACGUGAUAUUUUCCGAAAAUGGACAAUUUCGAAUCCACUUUUCUCCGUUGGAUAUGUUUAUUUGAUGAAUUUAAGGACAAUGAAUAUUCAAAUAUAAAAAAUCUUGUAUCCAGUACAUCGUUUAAACAAUUUGUUGAUAAUGUAUUUUGUUUAAAAUGUUCUUCAGCAUUGAGCACAGAGGAUACACAAGUUUACAACACUAUAAAAGUGAACUAUAGUGAGUUUGAAGUCCAAAAACAUGAAGACUUAUACAAUGAAGAAAAUUCAAUUUACACUUGUGUCGUGGUUUUGCUACAUGCAUUAUUAAAAUGCACAAACGACAAAUUCAGAAAUCAAUUAAGUGAAAGAAUGAAUAAUGAAGAGCAAGAAUUACUAGCAAAUUUCUUAAAAGCUGCACAAUCCUUAUUAUUCACAAAACAAAAUAUUUCUGAAGCACUUAUGUUAAUAAGUGAUUCUAAACAUACUUCUAUUAACACCUCAGAAAUAUAUUCAAACAACAAUACACCAAUCAAAUCAAAAUCAAUGCGCCGAAGUUAUUUACAAGAAUUUUGUGAGUCGCCAAAAUCUCAAUGUUUAAUAAAUCAAGAGAAAGAAAAAUAUAUUACCAAACUUACUGAAGAUUAUAAAAAUGAAUGUGAAGAAAACUACAAGUUGGCAGAAAAUGUUAAAUAUCUAAAAGAUCUUAAUAUUAAGCUAAAUAAUAAAUUAGAAGACAAAGAUAAAAUAUUACAACUAUUGAAAGAUGAAAUCAAAGAAUAUUCCAAACCUAAUCAGUCUCCAGAAAAUAAAAUAGAUAAUACAUUAAUUAUAAAAAAAUUAAAUAGAGAUAAACUAGAUUUGGAGAUGAAUUGCAAUGAAUUAAAGCAACAAAUAACAGAACUAGAUAAAAAACAUACAGAGCUUAAUGGAAAGUUUGAAAAGAAAACUUCAGAUUAUAAUGAUCUUAUUUUAAUGUUUGAUAAUAUUGAAAGUGAAAAUAUCACAUUAAAAAGAAACUUGAAAUUAUAUGAAGAAACUAUACAAGCAAAAGACACAGAAAUAACUUCUUUAAAAGAUGAAUUAUGCAAUAAAUCAAUUACAAAUAAUCCAUCAAAUAUAAGUGGUCAAGAAGCCAAUGCUGUACCUUCAAAUACAUUAUUUAAUGAAUUGAGUUGUUUGAAAUUAGAAGAAAUAACCCAUGAUAAAGAAAAAUACAGACAUAAGUACAAAUCAAUAAAAAGAGAAUUAUCAAAUAGUGAAAUCCAGGUUAAAGAAUUGAAUGAAAAAAUAAUUGUAUUAGAAAAAAAGUUGAAUGAUUAUGAAACUCAUAAGGAUGAACUAAUUGAUCAAUUCUCAAACAAAAUAAAAGAACUUCAAGAAUGCCAAAAGAAAAAAAAUAAUUUAGAAUCAAAAAUUAAGCAUCUUAAAGAUAAUAUCAAAGAUAAUGAAAAUCAUAUUGAAUCUCUGUGCUCUAAAUUAAAUAAAAGAGACAAACAAAUAGAGAUGUUGUCUGUUGAAAUAGAUUCUGUGAAAAAAUCAAAAACUAUGAUUGAACUAAUUUUAAGCAAAACUAACACAGAAAUUGAAGCUAUACAUGAAGAACAUGAUGAAAAAGUAAAAAAUUUACAGUCAAUAAUAGAAGAAUAUAAAAAUUCAGAAAAAUUAUCUCAUCAAAGUUAUAUUGAUUUAGAAAAUAAUAUGAAAAAUGUUCAAGAUAAUUUAGCAAACAAAGAACACCUUAUAAUUUAUUAUGAAGAAAAAAUGGCUGAAAAUUACCAAACUAUUGGUGCGCAAGAAGAACAAUUGAACACAAUGUAUCAAGAAAAACUAUUAUUAGAAACCCAUUUGAAAAAUAUAAGAAUUGAAAUUGAAACUCAACAGAAACAUUUUAGUGACAAAAACCAUGAGAUGGAAAACUGUUUAGAAUAUUAUCUUGAGGAGUUGAAAGAUGUUAAAAAUGAAAAAACAAAAAUUGAAGAAAUUUUACAAUGCAAAAAAAAUGAAAUAGAACAACAACUAGAAUUAAUCAAUUAUCAAAAAGAUAUAAUUAAAACAUUACAAUCAGAAAAAUGUAGUCAACAGCUUAUCAUAAAUGAUCUCAAUGAAGUUGUACAACAAAAAUCUUCUGAAAAUAAAGAUUUAAGUGCGAAAGUACUGGAAUCUACAUUAGAUUUAAAUAAGUUAAAUGAACAACUUAAAGUAGCUCUAGCUGAUAAUAAUACAAUAGAAACAAAUUUGAAAAAAAAUGAAUUGCAAAUGAAAACUUUAAAAGAAGAAUUUCAAUGUCAGAUUAAUGAUAUGAAAAAUGUAUUAGAAAAUCAAAGUAAUCAGUGUAUAAUAAAGGUUGAACAAUUACAAGAAACUAUAGAAAAAAAGCAGAAUGAUUUUAAUGAUCAACUUAUAAUAUGUAACAAACUAACUGAAACUAUUUCUCAGUUACAAGUGGAAAAAUUCGAAUUAGAGGAAAAAUUAAAAUCUAGUGGUCAAGAUUUAAACAAAAAGCAAAUACAAUUUGAACAAGCUACUGAAGAAAAUAAUAAAUUGAAACAAACUGUUGAUUAUACUGAAAAACAAUGUCUGGAUUUGCAACAUAAAUUGAACGGAUUGAAAAAUAUUAUAUUAAAAAAAGAAGAAGACAUUAAACUAUUAGAAGUUGAUGUUUCCGAAUAUUCAGUUUCCAAAGAAAGCUUACAAAAUCAAGUUAUUGAAACACAGCAAGUUUUGAACAACAAAAUUAUUGAGUUAGAAAAUCAAAUUCAACAAAACAAUGAGCAAAGAGAAACAAUUGUAAAAUUAAAUGAUGAAAAAGAGUGUCUUGGUAAUAAAAUAAAAAACCUUGAAGAUUCUCUAUCUCAUAAUGAAUACAAAUUUAAUUUAUGCGAAGGAAAAUUAUAUGAUUGUAGUAACACAAUUGAUAAUUUGGAAAAGAAAAUAAAUGAAAUGAAAAAUGAAAAGUCAUGUUUAGAAGUUGAAUUAAAUGAAACAAUUACUAAAUUAUCAAAUGUGAACCAAGAUCUUAUUCUGCAACUAGAAACUAAUGAAAAAAUUAUAUUAGAAACUCAAGAAAAAUUAAUUCUUGAACAAAAUGAGUUGAAGAAACAAAUAGAGAAGUCAAAUGAACAAAUAAAAACAAUAUCUAUUUUAAAUGCUGAAAGAGAUAGUUUAAAAGAAGAAACUAACACACUUCAAGAAUCCUUAAAUAAAAAUGAUGAUUCUUUAAAGUCAUUACAAGAAAAAGUUUUAAUUUGUGAAAAACAGUAUGAAGAUUUACAAGAAUUAAAGACAAAUUUAAUAUCUGAACUCAGUGAAAACCAAUUGAAAUUACUUAAUUUACAAGAUGAGUCCAAGCAACAACUUAAAGAUAUGAAUAUCAAAUAUAAUGAAGUACACGAAAAAUGUAAUAACAAACAGAUUGAAUUAGAUGAAUAUAUUACUAAAUAUAACUGUCUCGUCGAAACAAAUACUAAUUUAACCACAAAAAUAGAUAAUUUGAUAAAUAAAACUGAUGCACUUGAGAGUAAAUUAUUAAAUAAAGAUAGUGUUAUUACAGCUAACCAAGAAAAAUUACUGGAGUAUGAAGAAAUGAAUAAAAAAAUAAUAACUGAAAAGACUUUAAUGGAAGUGGAUUUAACACAGCGUCUUGAAAAAAUGGGAGAAAUAGGAACAAAAUUAGCCGACUUGCAAGAAGAACUAAAUUUUGUACAUAUGCGUUUAGAAACUCAGGAAAAAGAAAAUGAUCAACAUUUAAAGACCAUCUUCACAUUAACUUCAGAUAAAGAUAACUUAAUAAAUGAAACAAAAACACUUAAAGACUGUUUAUUAGAAAAAGAAAAAUCUUUAACAUUAAAUGAAACAAAAUUGAUUGGGUUCGAAACACAAUUAAAUGAACUACAAAGUCAAAAAAAUAAUUUAGAAUCAGAACUCAGUGAUACUAAAGUACAAUUAGACAACAUCCAACACGAUCUUACACAAAAACUUGAAGUAGCUGAUAAAAAACUACAAGAAGUUGAGGAACAACGUAUUAAUUUGCAAGAAGAAUUGAAGGAACAGAACAAAUGUUCAAUUGAACAAAUAGAAAAAAUCAAUUCAUUAAUAUGCGAAAAAAAUAAUUUAGUAAAUGAGACAAAUAAACUCCAAGAACAUUUAGCUCAAAAUAAAAUUGAUUUAGAGUUAAAUCAAAAUAAAUUGCAAGAUUAUGUUAAGCAAAAUAAAGAAAUAGAAAGUCAAAAUACAUUGUUGUUGACAGAAUUGCAUCAACUGAAAUGUCAAAUGGAUAAAUUACGUCAAGAAUCCACUGAAGAAAUUGAUAAAAUCAAUAAAAAGAAUUUGGAAGCUCAAGAAGAAAUUAGCAAUAAGGAAUCUGAAAUUAAUAAACAAAUUAAACUUAAGAAUGACUCAAUAAUAGAUAUCUACCAGAAAAUAAAUGACCUAAAAAAUUUGAAAGUAGAACUGGAAUCAAUACUGAACAAAGAAAGAAAAAAUUUUGAAACAUAUUUUGAAACUUGUUUGAAUUAUUCAUCUAACCAUAUUCAAAAUAAACCUAUAGUAGGUCAUCAUGAUUCAUUAAUCGAAGUGAUAACAUCUGCGGAUACAUUUAUUGAACAAAAUGGUAUUCAGCUAGCUCAAGUUGAAAACUGUGAUGAAUACUCUAUUAUUGAAAAAGUGAAAAAAAUAUUUGAAGUAUUAAAAAUGUUUAUAAUCAGUUUAAAAUCACAAGGAAAUGAACAAACAAUUGAUCAUAUUAGUAAUGAAUCUAAUGAAGCUUAUACUGAAUUACUUGCUAUAUCAAAAACUCAACAAGCAACCAUUAAACAUUUAGAAAAUGAAAUUUCAACAUUAAAAUCUGAAUGCAAUCACAAAAUGUCAAAAGUACAACAAAAAACUCAAGAGUAUGUAACCUCAGAAUAUGAAAAGAAGUUUGAACGAAAACGAGAACAAAUGAAACAAUUUUGUAAAGAUUUAGAAGCAAAAAUUCAUCAAGAUUAUGAAACUAAAUUGUUAAAAUACAAAGAUAAGAUAACCAAAGAUGAAAUUCAUAUUAAAGAACUCGGCCAGCAGUUAUGGGAAGUUAGUGAAAAAUAUUUGAAGUUACAACAAAAGGAUAGAAGAGAAUCAACUGUGUCCUUACCAUUUGAAAUGUCAAUGAUAUCUGAAACAACAACUACUCUUCCAAAAUAUAAUUCUUUUACAUUGCCUAAGGCUAGCUCAGUCGGUCAAAUCAGAUCACUAGUUGAAGAAACAACUCGUUCUUAUCAUGAUAAUACUAAACGAAAUGUGCCUGCAGGAAUCGGUAAAAAAUUCAGCUUAUCAUCUGGUAAAAUAUUUCCAAAAGAAGAAGACGAGGAAGGUGAAAUGUUCAACCACUCAUGCCUUUCAGAUCUAAAACAAGGUAAAGUAAGACUAAGUGAUAAUAAAAAACAAUAUAAUGAAAGACUGUCAGAACUACAAGCUCGCAACUCGCUUUGCCCGCCACAUUUAAGAAGUUGUUAUGCUGUAGAAACCAAUUUCUUGCCAAACACAUCAUUAGUUACAGAAGAGGACAUUAAGACAAUAGCUAAUUAUAGUGAUUAUGAGACUGAAAACCUUAUCCCAAAUGAUCGUAACAAGAAAAAAGAUAGAAAUCAGACAUCCUAUAAAAAACCAGGACCACCAACACCAAGCAAAAAUGGAGGUCGUGUUUCUUUAUCGGGCAAUCAAAAAAUCACAUUAAAAGAAUCCAAAGAAACAAAUACAAACAAAAGGCGAGCCAGUAGUACACCAAACAAAUUGUUUAGCUUAUUUAUGAGCAAAAAGAAUUGAUUUUGUGUAUAUUUUCAAUUCUUAUGUUAAUUGUUCAAUAUUUAUUAAAAUAUCUAAUUAUUGCACAAUUAUUUUUAUGUUUAAUUAGUUUAUUACACUUUUUUACUGUAUUUUCAUUGUGAAUAUUAUUAUUAUUAAAAUGUAUUUGUAUAUUUAAAUCUCAUA